CCACGAGGCAGACAUGCAUGAUGGCAUUGACUUCUCCACCCCCUCCUAGAACGCUGCAUGAAGGCUGCAUGCCACUAUGAUGGCCCCCAGCUUGCUGCCCUGCAGGGCUGGGCUGGACGCCACAGCAACACCGGAAAUGCCUCCCACAUUUUGCAGCUCACCAGAGCGAAAUUGCAGGCUGUUACAGCUGACUUGCUGUAAAGUUCUACCUAAACAGGCGCCGAUUGCAACGUCAGCAACAUGGCUCCCCCGGACUACAAAGACUUGUUCUCGAUCAAGGGCAAGACCGCCCUGGUGACGGGGGCGUCAUCGGGAAUCGGGUCCCGCUUCUCUGUGUUCCUGGCAUCGCAAGGGGCAUCGGUGGUGGUGGCAGCCCGCCGGAAGGACAAGCUGCAAGAUCUUGUGCUGGAGAUUGAAAAGUCCGGCGGCAAGGCGAAGGCUGUCGAGCUGGAUGUGUCAGCAGACCAAGAAUCAAUCAAGAGGAGCGUAGACGACGCCUGGGCAGCCUUCGGCAAGCUGGACAUUUUGGUAAACAAUGCGGGGUACGGUGGCGGCGAGGGCAUCCUCAAGGACAGCCAAGAGAAGUUCGACGCAAUUUUCCACACCAACGUGCGCGGCCUCUACUUCACGGCCCAAGCCGUCGCCAAGCUGAUGGUCGACCACGACAUCUCGGGCAGAAUCGUAAACACGAGCUCGAUCGCGGGGGGGGAGGUGAUCCAAGUCGGGCAUGCCAUCUACGCAGCCUCCAAGGCCGCGGUUAUCCAGCUAACCAGGGCGAUGGCGGUCGAGCUGGCCCCCAAGGGCAUCAACGUGAACAGCAUCGCGCCCGGCGUCUUCCCGUCGGAGAUGACGAGCGAAGUGGUCGGGAGCGAAAGCGCCAAGCAAGUCCAAAGGGCAAUUCCUGCGCGCAGGUACGGAGACACGGAGACGGACAUGAUGGGCGUCCUCCUGCUCCUCGUGAGCGAGAAAGCGUCACAGUACAUCGUCGGUGUGACCAUCCCCGUGGACGGCGGACAUUCGCUGUACACAAUGAGCCUGUCGAACCCAACGGCCAUCUUUGAGGAAUAGAUUUUGACGCAGGGCUUAGAACACGGUGAUAAGAAAGUACUCUCGUCCAGAUAAUGCGGAAGUGAGUUAGCAGCUUGAGAACGUCAGAAAAGAGUCGAGAUGCAACAACGAUUUUAGUUGCUAGGAAGCAGAUCUUGUGUACUACACAUGAUGUACAUGUACUUUACUAAUGAGGAGAGUGUAUCAUAUAAACACCGCAGUGCAGUAAAGUGCAGCAAAAUGUUACGGACUGAUAUUUCCGAUAUUUUCUCAGCGGAUGGCGCUUCUGCUCUUUUUCAAUGAGGAUAUACCACACG